GCAACUAUGGAGGGACGAGCGCACAGUUAACGUCAUUAUUUCUAUGAUCCCAUGAAAAUGCAGCCCAAAGCCACGCAGUAGGAGGCGGGAGGCCUUCCCCCUCGUCCUCAGUCCCUGCUGCUACUACUUACUUUCUCUCCGAGGGCCGCACCGCCUCCAGGCUCCUUUCCUCCGUCUCCGCGUCGGAGGGCGUCCCUCGGCGGCCUGCCUUCUCAGGAAACCACGCCGCCGCCGCCUCCGCCUCCUCCGCCCCGGAAGGACCAGGCCGCAUCCCUGAGGGAGUCUGAGGCCUAGGCGCCUCGUCCCGACGGAAGCCUCGGCCGAGGCGAGGAGGAGGAGGGGGUCUCCCUCUGGGCCGUUCCCUGAAGAUAGAAGGAGCCUAGGGCCGCUCCUCUGCCAUCAUGGGGAAGUCCUUCGCCAACUUCAUGUGCAAAAAGGACUUCCAUCCCGCCUCCAAGUCCAACAUCAAAAAGGUAUGGAUGGCAGAACAGAAAAUAUCUUACGACAAGAAGAAACAAGAAGAGUUAAUGCAGCAAUAUCUUAAAGAGCAGGAAUCUUAUGAUAACAGAUUGCUUAUGGGGGAUGAACGUGUAAAGAAUGGUCUGAAUUUUAUGUAUGAGGCACCACCUGGAGCAAAGAAAGAGACCAAAGAGCAAGAGGGUGAAACUGAAUACAAAUUUGAAUGGCAGAAAGUAGCUCCACGUGAAAAAUAUGCCAAAGAUGACAUGAACAUCAGAGAUCAGCCAUUUGGCAUCCAGGUGAGGAACGUGAGGUGCAUAAAAUGUCACAAAUGGGGCCAUGUAAACACAGACCGAGAAUGUCCGUUGUUUGGCCUUUCCGGAAUUAAUGCCAGCUCCGUUUCCAGUGAUGGCUCGGGGCCAUCAAUGCACCCCUCGGAGCUAAUAGCGGAGAUGAGAAACAGUGGGUUUGCACUGAAACAAAAUGUACUGGGGAGAAACUUGACCGCAAAUGAUCCAUCACAGGAAUUUGUUGCAAGUGAAGGUGAAGAUGACCCAGAAGUGGAAUUUUUGAAGUCCUUGACAACAAAGCAAAAACAAAAGCUUUUGAGGAAACUGGAUCGCUUGGAGAAGAAAAAGAAGAAGAAGAAAGAUAGAAAGAAGAAAAAGCAACAGAAGAGGAAAAGCAAAAGUAAACACAGGAAACAUAAGAGCCGGUCUUCCUCCACAUCCUCCAGUGAGUCUUCAGUAAGCAGCAGCAGUGAUAGUGAGACUGACAGCCAAGAUAAAGCAGCACAAAAGAAGAUGGAUUCUAAGGGAAGAAGAAAAGCUAAGUUUUCAGAGCCUAGCAGCAGUGAUUCUGAAGGGAAGGCAAAGACUAAGGGAAAACUUUAUGAAGAUCCCUCCAGCAGUCAUGGUAACAAGGACAAAGAUAGAGAGAAGUGUAGACUUUUAAAGCAAGAUAGUUCUGGGGAGAACAACAAAUGGAGCUCCUCUGAGAGCAAAAGAAAGCCCGCAAGCAGAAAUGAUAACACAGACAAGAGAAGAGAAUCUGAAAGAUAUGGAAACAUGAGCGGAAGCCAAAGCAGGGAGGAGAGGAGCGGGAGAGGCUCUAACACAAGGCACAGGACUCACAGGCCAAGUGAGGAGCGGCACAGGAAAAGCGAAACCAAAAGCUAUAGCUCAGACAUCUGCAGAGAGCAACAGAAACACAGGGAGGGCUACAACAACAAAUGCAUUAAAACUGAGCACAGAGGAAGAAGCCGGAGCAGAGAGAGAGAAAAAAAUAGAUAAUGUGGGUGGCAAAUUGUGUUUCUUAAAAAAAAGUCCUUUAGUAAGGGGCUCCUGACAUACUUCUCUCUUUCUCAUGAGCUGACUGUUCUCAGUAAAAUGUAAAUGUCUUUCUGCAAAUAGCCCUUUGUACAUUUUGUGUGUAUCUUACAAAGAAUACAGGCUUUUAAAGAUGAACAUCAUAUUGUUUUGUUGAAUAGUAUGUCCUAUUAGAAUAGCAAAUCACAUGUUGGGAAGGGGGGUGUGUAAUAAAUCGACACUUCCUUCAUUGCAGAAUUUAAUGUCAAAAAUACUUGCCAUAACUCUAUAAAAUUAGUUUCACCAGUACAUUUUUCCUUGAUUAAUAAUAAAUGCAAAUAACAUUGUAGUGAUCAGGAUACGUGCUCCAGGACACAUUAAAUUAUGCCAGUAGUACCUAACAUAGUUCUGGAUAGAUUCACUACAACAGGCCACAAAACUAGAUUAUUUUUUAAGUGAAGUAUUUCAAGCUAAGAGGACAAUUUUUAUGAGUUAAAACAACAGAGGAACAUAGUUCCACAUAAGUGUAUAGCCAACAUUUUCCACCCCCUGCAGAGUAUAACUUGGUCGAGGCUAUCUAAGCAUCUUAAACCCCUGUUGGUAUAUGUCAGCUCAGUGUCAAGUUAUUGUUCAAUAAUUUCUCAAGACAUGGGAAGAAUAUUUACUAUCUUUACCGUUUCUUGCUAUUGUGUGCAGUAGGAAUCUAAUGUCAGUUCUCUUCUUACCUUCCAAAAAAAUGGUUUUUUUUUUCCUCCUGUGGUGGGAUUUAUUUAUUUGUUAAAAAUAGUUGCUGUUUAGAUUAGAACUACAUUAAAUAAAUGUUGGCUUUAAAAAUGUA